UUAUACCUUUACAUUAUUGUUAUUAAGGGAAAAUGUCCUGAAGAUGCAUGGGAUGAAAGCACCAUUGAACUGUUUCUUCAUGAACUUGCUAUAAUGGAUAGUAAUAACUUCCUGGGCAACUGUGGUGUGGGUGAGAGGGAAGGAAGAGUGGCAUCAGGACUCGUUGCCCGAAGGCAUUACAGGUUGAUUCAUGGAAUUGGAAGGUCAGGUGAUAUUUCUGCAGUCCAGCCUAAAGCUGCAGGGUCUAGCCUUUUGAACAAACUUACUAAUUCAGUAGUUCUGGAUAUUAUAAAGCUGGCUGGUGUCCGGACAGUGACCAGUUGUUUUGUGGUUCCUAUGGCAACUGGCAUGAGCCUAACUCUGUGUUUUUUAACAUUGCGACACAAGAGACCAAAGGCAAAAUACAUUAUUUGGCCACGUAUAGACCAGAAAUCUUGCUUUAAGUCAAUGAUAACUGCAGGUUUUGAGCCUGUAGUGAUAGAAAAUGUAUUAGAAGGCGAUGAACUACGGACAGACAUCGAAGCAGUGGAGGCCAAAAUCAAGGCUCUUGGUCCUGAAAAUGUUCUUUGUGUGCAUUCUACAACGUCUUGCUUUGCUCCAAGGGUACCUGACAGACUGGAGGAACUGGCUGUGAUUUGUGCUAAUUAUGACAUUCCCCAUAUUGUCAACAAUGCAUAUGGAGUUCAGUCUUCAAAAUGUAUGCAUCUUAUCCAGCAGGGUGCUCGAGUAGGCAGAAUAGAUGCUUUUGUUCAGAGCUUGGACAAAAAUUUUAUGGUUCCAGUAGGUGGUGCUAUCAUUGCUGGCUUCAAUGAGUCCUUCGUUCAGGAGAUCAGCAAAAUGUAUCCAGGAAGAGCAUCUUCAUCUCCUUCCUUAGAUGUCCUCAUUACACUUCUGUCUCUAGGUGCCAGUGGCUACAAACAGUUACUGAAAGAGAGAAAGGAGAUGUUUUCCUAUCUUUCAAGUGAGCUGAAAAAGCUGGCAGAUGCCCACAAUGAGAGACUGUUAGACACACCACAUAAUCCCAUUUCCUUAGCCAUGUCACUGAAGAAUCUAGAUGAAAAUAACGAUGCUGCUGUUACCCAGCUUGGAUCCAUGCUUUUCACAAGACAAGUUUCUGGAGCAAGGGUUGUUCCCUGUGGGUCUGUACAAACAGUGAAUAACUAUACUUUUAAAGGCUUUAUGUCACAUGCAAAUGACUAUCCCUGUGCUUACCUCAAUGCUGCCUCAGCAAUUGGAAUUAAAAAGCAAGAUGUAGAUGUAUUCCUAAAAAGACUCGACAAGUGUUUGAAGACUUCUAGAAAAGAAGCAAAGCAAGAAAAACAUGUAAAUGAACUAAGUAAUUCUACUACAGGCACAGAACAACUUGAAGACUAGAAGAUACAGAUUUAGUAACACAGGAAGAUAUGCUUUUGUUUGAAGUAUGUCAGAUUUGUAUUGGGUUAGCAUGGUGAAUCUGCAGUGCAGAAGAUUUAUUCCUGAUCUGAAAAACAACAAAAAAAACUUCGGUGAAAUUCAGCUUUAAAGAAA